AUGAAUCGAUCUAAAUCAAAGAGCCGUGGUUGGCUGAGCUGGUGGUUUUCGGAUGAGGAUUCACCCGACGAACGACGACUUCUGACAAAGCUUGACCUACUCAUAGUUCCCUAUGCUAUCUUAGCAUACUGGACGGUCUUCCUUGAUCAAGCUAACUUAAACAAUGCGUAUGUUUCCGGCCUACAACAAGAUUUAGGAUUCUACGGCAAUGAGCUUGUUCAGCUACAAACCCUAUACAGCCUUGGUUCAACCAUUGGUCAGAUUCCCUUCGCUUAUAUCUUCACACGCUUGCCGAUGUUCUGGGUGAUACCAUUUCUCAACGUGGCAUGGGGAGUAUUCACCCUCCUUCAGUAUCGAGUGACGAGUUUUGCGGAGUUAGCAGCUUAUCGCUUCUUGGUUGGGAUAUUUGAGGUUUUUCCUAUCCCCACUCUCUCCCUCAUCUUCAUUUCACUUACGAAGCCUUUUUCAACAGUGCAUGGUAUCGUGGCGAUGAAAUCGGACGGCGCGGGGGGGCUUUUCUACUGCGGACUCCCAACCGGAGUGCUGACAGUAAGUUUCAUUCAGGCUGCUGCGUCGGCAAAUCUCGAUGGCGUAAACGGGAUUGCUGGUUGGAGAUGGAUGUACAUCAUUUGUGGAGUGAUAACCAUCCCGCUUGGUUUUAUUGGAUAUUUCGUCCUCCCAGGAACGCCCGAUAAACCAAACAGAAUACCCUUGAGUGAGAACGAUGUCAAGCUUGCCAAGUCGAGAUUGGCCCGUGUAGGUCACGGAAUUGAUCAAGAAUUCAAGUGGUCGAAUCUGAAGUCAUCUUUUCGGAAUUGGAAGAUUUGGGCAUUCGUCGUUGUGGACAUUUUCUUCUGGAAUACAGGCGCCAUUGCAACAUCUGGAAAUUUCUUACUAUGGCUGAAGAGUCUGAAUCGAUACACCACAAGCAAGCUGAACGAGCUUUCUGCCAUUCCACCUGGCCUUGGGAUAAUUUAUACACUCUUUAUCUGCUUCUCGUCAGAUCUUUACCUUGGCCCAGUCUGGGCUAUCACAUUAUCCCAAACAAUCAGCAUUGUCGGCUUGGUAAUUGCUGUGAUUUGGACCGUCCCAGAACCAGCGCUAUGGUUUUCUUUCUUUACGAAUUAUUUUUCGAUUGCCCAGUCAAGCGCGCUCUACGGAUGGGUGAAUUCUGAGCUACGAGCAAACCCGGCGGAGAGAUCUAUCACUCUUAUCACAAUCAACAUCCUCGCUCAGUCGACAACAAUAUGGACGCCGCUUAUAUUUAUGAAGACGACGCAAGCGCCAAGGUAUCCCAUGGGAUAUCCAUUCUGCUUGGCGUGCGCGAUCGGAUUCGUCAUCUCCACUCAUGUCACCAACAUGAUCAACAAGCGCCAGCGACAUCGAGAACGAAACCUAACGAGCGAGACUGGGUCUAAUGACACCCUUGAGAAUGUGGAAAUCGUGCAGGCAGCGAUUCCAAAUAAAAUUGCCCAAGGAGAUACAUCAAGACAAAGAAUUUCGGUUUGA